AAACAUGGAAUAUAGGGGAUUUGCUGUCGCUUACGACAUAUUAAUACCUUUUACAACAUUUGUUUAUGUAGAAAUAUGCAUAUUUCAACGAAAGCAUGUGGUAUUUUAAAUACUGUAGAUACACAAAGAUAAUUCAUUAUUUAGUAGUUCAUGUUUGCAAAGUGACUAAAUUGUAUUGACGAACAAUCCUAAUAUAUCAUGUAAGUUAAUGAAGUUUUUUGAAGAAUGAAUAAGACUGGUGUAGCUUUCGCGAUAUUGACUUCCAAAAUCUCUGAAGGAGAUGUGUAUUCCCUAAGAAAUUGCUUAGCAAAUAAGCAUUGUUCUUCUAAUGAUUGUGAUGAGAAUGGCCAGACUCUUUUGAUGAUAGCUGCACAACAUGGACAGAUUGCAAUUGUUAAUGAAUUAUUAGCUCAUGGAGCUGAUGUCAAUGCAGAAGAUGCGGACAAUUGGUCUGCAUUAACUAAUGCUGCUAGAAAUGGAUGCAAAGAUGUUGUGAUUAAGUUGCUUGACCAUGGUGCUGAUAUUGAGCAUAGGGAUAUGGGUCAAUGGACUCCCCUGAUGUGGGCUUGUUAUAAAGGUCAUUAUUAUGUUGUUAAAAUCCUAAUAGAGCAUGGUGCUAUGGUUAACGUGGUAGACAAAAACCAUUGUACACCUCUUAUUUGGGCAGCUGGUCGAGGUUUCUUAGAGAUUGUUGAAGCGCUACUUGAAAGAGGUGCCAAAGUUUAUUCAAGUGAUAAGUAUGGAACAACUCCAUUGGUUUGGGCUUGCCGUAAAGGUUAUACAGAAAUUGUGCAUCUUCUUCUCGAAGCUGGUGCUAGUGCUGAUACUGCUGGAAUGUUUUCAUGGACACCUCUACUUGUUGCUACUAAAGGAAAUUAUGCCAGCAUAGUAAAUAUGCUUUUGGAACACAAGCCUAAUGUCAAUGCAGUUGAUAUGGAUGGAUGUACUGCUCUGUCCAUUGCUUGCAAAGAAGGCUAUACUGAAAUUGCUAAAGCUCUCAUGAACUCUGGAGCAUAUAUCAAUUUACCAGAUAGAAAUGGUGAUACUAAUCUCAUCCAUGCUUCAAAAGCUGGCCACUUUUCCAUUGUUGAUGCUUUAAUAAGAAAAUAUGCUGACAUUGAUAUAGCUGGUGGAGAUGGAAAAACAGCCCUAUACUGGGCAGUAGAAAAAGGAUAUGUUGAUAUUGUUCGUCUUAUAUUGAAUGCCAAUCCCAACUGUGAAACAGCUACCAAGGAUGGAGAUACGGCUCUUUUAAAAGCAACCCGAAACAGAAAUGCUGAAAUAGUUCAACUGUUAGUUGAUAAAAAAUGCCGUGUAUCUGCUUCAGACAAAAAAGGUGAUACUGCUUUGCAUAUAGCAAUGAGAGCAAGAAGCAAAGCAAUUGUUGAAAUUCUGUUGCGCAAUCCAAAAAAUAGUCAGUUAUUGUAUCGUCCCAAUCGUGUUGGUGAAACCCCCUAUAAUAUUGAUACCAAUCAGCAGAAAAGCAUAUUAGCACAAAUAUUUGGAGCCCGUAAGCUUAAUACAAAUGAGGAUAAUGAAAAUCGUUUGGGUUAUGACUUGUACAGUAGUGCUUUAGCAGACAUUUUAAGUGAACCAUCUCUUUCUGUACCUAUAUCUGUUGGCUUAUAUGCAAAAUGGGGCAGUGGCAAAUCAUUUUUGAUUAAAAAACUAGAAAAUGAGAUGAAGAGUUUUGCCAUUCAGUGGUUAGAGCCUUUUUUUGAAUACAGCAGACUAGUCUUUUUCAUCACUGUAUUUAUUUCUCUUCUUAUUGGUUUCAUAUUUGUAAUGUGUACUAAGGCGUGGAUGCUAGGACUUUAUGUUGCACUUGGUUCCUGUUUUCUUCUAAAUAUUUUAUUGUAUGGUGUUAUUUAUUGCAAUAAAAAAUAUGACGUCUCUAUAAUUUAUAAAAUUAGCUUAUACUUGGCAACUCAAUUCAGCUCUUUUAAAACUCUUUUAUUUGUCCUGUUUUGCAGUCCAGCUACAAAGAGAGAUUGUGCAGCUGAUCCUGUUAGGUUUAUUUUUACUGAAAAGACAAAAGUAAUUAGCUCAGGUACAGAUAAUUCUGUUUUAAGCAUCGUUACAAAUUUACACAUUGCAGUUGAAAAAGUGUAUGGUCUUUUUACAAGUCGUCUGUACAGAGUUCUCAAACCAAAGCCAGUUGUAUCUCAGUGGUGGCGAUUCCGCAAUAUCUGUUGCAUCCCCAACUUCAUCAUUGCUUUUCUAUUGAUCAUUUUCAUUGGAGGCAUCAUUGGUUUAGGCUUACAAACUGAUGCUACUUCAUUUUAUUCAGAAUCAAAUGACCAAAAACGCAUAUAUCAAUCCAUAUUUAUAUCUCUGUGUGUAGCGGUUGGUCUAGCAAUAUCCUUGAAUUUAUACACUUUACUUCGAUUUGCAAAAACUCUGGUUUCUUCUCAUCAAAGACGAAUUACUAAUUCUUAUUUAAAAGUGAACUCUCCUAAAGAUGAGAGUUGUGUAAGCUCUCUAAAAAAGGAGGUAGAUGCACUGGUACAAAUGGUACAAGGAUUGGAUGCUUUCAUUGGUCAACAGACACGUUUGGUUGUUAUAGUGGAUGGCCUUGAUAGUUGUGAACAAGAUAAAGUUCUUUAUUUGCUCGAUGCUGUGCACACUUUAUUUUCUGAUGCAAAUGCUCCUUUUAUAACUAUUUUAGCGAUUGAUCCUCAUAUUGUUAUUCAAGCUAUAGAAUCAAAUAUCCACAAAGCAUUUCAAAACUCUAACAUUACUGGUUAUGAAUAUUUACGUAAUGUUGUUCAUCUUCCCUUUUACUUGCAAAACAGUGGUUUAAGAAGAGUUAAAGCUGCUCAGCAGGCUGCAUUACUUUCAAAUAAAAAACCGGGAAGUUAUUGGAAUGAAGAUAAAGAAUGUGAUAGAGCUGUUCCAACAGUUUCUUCUAUACGGAAAGCUUCAAACUCUAGCAUGUCAAUACCUGAUGCCUUAAGAAAGCGUGGAAAGGGAAACCAAAAAUUGAAAGCUAGUGACAGCUUAGCAAGUAGUAUUAGCAAUCUGCAUAGGGUAGUUACCGGUGCUCAAGACCUUAAUAAAGUUUUAUUAACAGAUGAUUAUUUUAGUGAUAUCAAUCCUAGAUCUAUGAGAAGGUUAAUGAAUAUUGUCUACAUUACUGGUCGUCUAUUAAAGGCAUUUAAUAUUGACUUCAAUUGGUAUCAUUUAGCCUCUUGGGUUAACAUUACAGAACAAUGGCCAUACAGAACAUCUUGGAUUAUCAUGUACUAUGAAAUGCAUGAGAAUGAAUUUGAUGAGAUGUUGCCUUUAAAAACUGUCUAUGAAAAGAUUAAAUCUUAUAUGCCUGUAUCAAGAGAGCAGGAACCAACUCUUGAUUUGGACCACGAUGAAAGAAAGUUUGAAGUAUUUUUAUCAUUUCAUUCGAGCAGCUUGUUAAUCAAUGAUUUGAAAGUGUUUUUGCCUUUUACCAUAAAUCUUGAUCCUUACAUAAGAAAGGUCAUACAGGAAACACAUCAACAGAUAUCUGAGUUUUUGAAAAGUGAUUUGAAACCUUCUAAUCCACCCACAAAGUUGGAUUCUGUAAAUGCAGCUGUUAAUAUGAAAAUCCAGCGGAUGACUACUCCUCUUCCUACACCAGAUUUUGGACUCACAAUGGGUUACUGUUCACCUGCCACUUUUAACAGAAAAGAUAUGUUUCAACAUAAUAGAGCUCCGCCUGUUCCUAAUUAUGCUGCUUCUCCUCAACCAUGGUGGGCCAUGUCUCCAUCGCAUGAUAUGGUUAUGUCACAGAAUUUGCUUCAUUCUUCUAAACCAACUUCAGCUAUGAUUUUACAUGAUCAAGAGAAACUUAGUUCCUUAUCUGUGGCUGGCAUUUCUGAAUUAUUAAGGUCACAAGAUAAACUCAAUAUGAAGAAGCUUGAUCACUAUACCUCUGUCAUUGAAGAAAAUAACAUAAAUGGCCAAGUUCUACUUACAUGUGACUUGAAAGAAUUAAAAGACACGUUGAAUAUGUGCUUUGGUGAUUGGGAACUUUUCAGAAUAUUAAUUUUGACUUUGAGAGAGCAUGAGAUGGCAAACUUGAGUACGGGUAAUUAUUAUUACAAGGAGGAAAAACAAUUGUCUCGUACCACUUCCUUCACUUCGAAACAGCCUCUAAAAAAUACUGGAAAUAAGUCUCCUGAACAUAAAGUGGUUGAUAAUGCCUCUUCUAAAGCGUCUAGAGUUAUAGCAGAAAGUAAUGAAAAUAGUAUCCAAAAGCAAAGAAGUAGUGUUUUAGAAAAGCAGCCUUCACCUUAUUGGCAACAUGUAUUAAAUGAGGUAACAAUGGAAGAAUCAAUGAUUGUUGGAGCUUUAGAAACUUUGAAUGAAGAAGCGUUAGAAGAUACUUUGGAAGAAAACAAUAUGAGAAAAGGCUCUAAUCCAUCCGUGAUAGUUGGAAAUCCACUGAGUCCAAUUCUGUCUGAUACUGAAGAGUUGAUUUCUGAGGAAAAGCUGGGCCUUCAGCAUCAGCAUCAUAUGCCCAUUGUCGCUACAACUCCAUCAGAAGUGGAUGCUCUAUAUUUAUGCAGCCUUCAAGGUUCUCCAACUCUACGUGUCAGUGCAAUGUCUUUAAGUGACUCCAUGACUGAUCUUGAGUCAUCAUCAUUAGGAAGAUCUCAUAACCUUUCUACAGCUCUUGAGACUUCAACCCUGUCCCUCACUCGAACAAAGAGUGAAGAUAAUGACUCUGCUUCAACUACUUCAAGUCCAUCAAGAAGGCGUGAUAUAAAGUUGAAGCCCGUCACUCUACAACGACCAUCUUCACUGGUGUACGACUCUGCCGCAUAUAUACAUCCUCCGCCAGGGAACAAAAACGAAACUUUUUGCAAAUCAAAAUCUGAUGCGGGCUCAGAGCAUAGUAAAAAGUUUCAAGAAAAGAACAAUGCAUUUCACCACGUAACAAACAAGGUAAAACAGCUGAAGAAGAAAUCAACUUCAAAAUCUGACUGCUCCUCCGACAGUUCAACUGAAACCGAGGAAAAAGUGAGGCCGAAAAAUUUACCACCCAAACCUUUACCCACCCCAGGAUCAGACGCAGACGGGUUUUUUUCAGAUGAUGAGCAUACCCCUCUUGUAUCCCCGUUUCAUAUGAAUCGCUCUAGUCAUUAUAAUCUGCAAUCCUCGAAAUCAGAAAAAGAAAGUACACCAGAAAAAUCUAUUCCUAAGCACUGCAAGUCUGAUUCUGGCUCUCACAGGAAAAUGAAAAAGCAAUUAGAAAGACAAUAUUCUGUGGAGAGUAAUCUUUGUGAUCAUUCAAGACCACCGCCGUCAUCUACGUCAAUGGUUGAAAUAGCGACACCACUCAGUACUACACAGUAUGUUCCGAUUAUGACUGCAUAUGGACAAGAUGUUACGGAUUCUCCAUCUGUUGAAGAAACUGUUUCAAUUUUAGAAAGUCAAAUUCACAACGAAACAAUUUUAUGAAUCUCUAUUGGUUAAAAUAUAUUUUAUGUUAUUUUAAAUCCAAACUAAAAAUGAAGCAUUUGUAUGUUAGAUAAGAUUUUUUUCAUGCCAUGUUAUUUAGUAGUGUGGAAAAAGUUUAUUCCCACUGUUCCAGAGUACUGUUUAUUUUCAAUUAAAUUUUUUUGGUACGUUUUAAUUUUUUAGAAAAUGCCCUGUAUAUUUUUCUAUGUUAGGGAACAAAACAGCGCAGUGUUAUGAAAAUUAUCCUAUUACGAACCUUUUUAAAUAAUUCGUAAGUCUUCUGAUAGAUAUAUAAAGAAAUUUAUAAGUAAGUAUAAGUUUUAUGUAGUAAAGAAGAGAGUUAUGAAUUCUAGAAAUAAAUUUUGUGAAACAAAAUUGAACAUUUUUUAGUUUUUAAGAUUAAUUAUUAAUUUUAUGUCUGACAGAAAAUAUUAUUUUGAAACUUUUGUAUUCAAUUAAUGA